GUGCAUGCAAGAUCGAGUCGUGGUUUGGGGCAUUUAUAUGACGGGGUUGCUGAACGGCGAGGGAGGGGAUGAGGAGCAGCUGCGGCCGCCGCCGGUGCUACAGGUGAAGGUGUAUGGCUCGGCCGUGGAGUCGAGUGUGAAGCGGGCGUGGUUCCCGGGUCCGCUGAUUGUGGGGGCGGGGCCAGCGGGGCUGGCCACCGCCGCGUGCCUCAAGGCCAGAGGCGUCCCGGCGCUGCUCCUGGAGAGGGAGCGCUGCGCCGCGUCGUCGUGGAAGCUGCGCACCUACGAGCGCCUCCGACUCCACCUACCGAAGAAGUACUGCGCGCUGCCGCUGAUGCCCUUCCCGAAGGAGCUUCCCGAGUACCCCACACGGCAGCAGUUCGUCGACUACCUCGACUGCUACGUCGAUCGCUUCGCCCUCGCGCCGCUCUACGGCGUCGAGGUCGCGCAAGCGGAGUACGAUCCGUCCCUGGGCUUCUGGCGCGUCCGUGCCGCCGCCGCCGGCUUCUCCGGAGGCGGCGGCGGCGGCGGAGUGGAGUUUGUGUCGAGGUGGUUGGUGGUGGCGACGGGCGAGAAUGCGGAGGCGGUGUGGCCGGAGACCAUCGGAGUGGCGGCGUUCCACGGCAAGGUGCUGCACACCAGCUGCUACGACAAGGGGGACGAGCACCGUGGCGAACGGGUCCUCGUGGUGGGCUGCGGCAACUCCGGCAUGGAGGUCGCCUUGGACCUCUGCGACAACGAUGCCAAGGUCUCUAUGGUCGUAAGAGAUAAGUUGCACAUAUUGCCGAGGGACAUAUUUGGAAUCUCCACCUUCGGGCUUUCCAUGUUUCUGCUCAAGUGGCUUCCGGUUAAAGCGGCAGACGCCCUCCUCCUCUCGAUCGCCAGACUCGUCUUGGGCGACACCGGCAAGUACGGGAUCGCGCGGCCAUCGCGCGGCCCCCUAGAGCUCAAAACCGCCACCGGCAAGACUCCAGUGCUCGACGUCGGCACCUUCGCCAAGAUCAAGAGCGGCCAAAUCAAGGUGGUCCCUGAUGUGAACCAGUACACAAGCAGAGGGGCAGAAUUUGUGGAUGGUACACACCGGGAAUUUGACUCCAUCAUCUUGGCGACAGGCUACAAGAGCAAUGUCACUUCUUGGCUCAAGGAGGAGGAUUUCUUCAGCAAGAAAGAUGGCUUUCCUAAGACUGCCUUCCCUCAUAAUUGGAAAGGAAAGAAUGGACUCUAUGCUACUGGUUUCACAAGGAGAGGGUUGUUGGGAGCUUCCAUGGAUGCCCACAAGAUAGCAGAGGAUAUAGCCAGCCAAUGGAAUACCAAGGCCAAUCCCUUGGAGCUGUAAAUAUCAGGCACAAGUUCCCCCAAAACCCUGAUACACUCUAUUGAUCAUUUUUGUUGUGGUACAACUGGGAAUUGGCCUUCCUUUGUUUAUGGGUCUGGAUACAGCAGAGAAGCAGGGAGCUGUUAUAGUAGCCAACAGGAAAUACAACUCCUGGUAAUGCCUUUGGAUAUUGGACAACGAUCAGCAUGAAGCUCUUGUCGCUGUCUCUGCUACUUUGUUAUCCCACUCUCUCUGUAAAAUCCCUUUCAACUAAAAAAUACAAGUCAUGGAAAAUGAAUAGGAAAAGGAGACAACUCCCUGCAGUAGCAGAGCUGUCGAGUUGGUACGUGGUGGUAAAUUUGUAUAAUAGGAUGAAAGUUUGAAUUUCUUGAGGUUUAUUCUCUUAAGGAAUAAGCUUCUCCCAUCUAAGAGGUCGGUUUAUAUUGUGAUUUAUCUCUCUUUAAAUGUCUUGGGAUUGAUUUGGAGGGAUGUCUGGGAUGAGCACAUCAUCUUUUAUAUCACUUAGUGGUAAAAGGUAAAUACGGUUGUCCUCAGUGUUCCCGUUAAUUCGUCCUAGUGUCAACACGGAGGAGGUAAAUUACGGGCGAUUGUUAGUCUUUGAAAUAGUGACUAACACAUAAGGGAGACAUUUAUCUCGACUUUAUCGAGAUUCGAACCCCAUAUCUCAUGAUGAUAAUAUUUCAUGUGCUACCCAUUAAAUCGUUUCGAGGGGACUACCUGUUAUAUCACUUGAGUAGCAUAGCUUGCUUGUUUAAUAACUAACAAAUAUGACCAUUACCAACUUCUUCUGAAUUUUAUGUAUCCUUAUAAAAUAAUUUUUAAAGAAAAAUAAAAGAUGUCUUUUCUUAUAUAUAAAAGUGUACUUUGUGGACUCUUGACUGUUGGUUUAGCCAAGUUCUCAAGUAUGACUAGUUGGUCAAAUUGAGUUGGAUGAAAUAAUUAGUUUAAGCAGGUCAAUCGAUUUGAGUGAGUUAAUCGACCCAAUUGAUAUGGUUGGGUGAGUGGGUUGUGUGGGUUUGAUGGUUGGUGUAAGUUAAAAUGGCCUGAGUGAGUUGGUUGAUCGAGGCAAAUCAAGCUAGAUAGUGUAGUUGGAUUCAAUUCUAUCUGUUUAGUCCAAAGUCAAGCAAGUGAGGUGGUUGGUUCAAUCAAUAUGGGCAACCUACCAUUUGAGUCGAUGAGAAAAGGCACACUCUUUUGGGUUUUGUUAAGAAAGCGUGAAGAUAGUGAUGAAUGUACUUAGUCUCCUUCCCUUCUUCCUUAUGCCAUGGAUAGCUUCUCCACCUAUAAAUCUAUCUUAAAGCCAUUGUUCUUUUAUGCUUCCCUAUCCUAAGAAGUAAGUCAAUGAACUAGAGAUCCAAAAUUACACCUAAUGGAUCAAAUGACCUUGAUGAAAGAGGGGCACAACACAGCCUAAGUCCAAGUCCGGAUUGAAAAUGCUAACUUGGAGCUUCCCCCAUUAGAAUUAUAUGGCAAGAAAGAGGUGUUGGAACCCCAAGGUAUUUUGAUGUGAUCAAACAAGCUAAGUUAGGUCUUGCGUUUGUUUAACCCUUGUGUCUAAG